UCUAAUCCGCUCUGAGAGGAUAGGCUUAGACCACUAGAAGACAAGAACGACACUGGCGUAGUUUGACUCUAUUUUAUUUUUACAUAAAGAAGAACGCUAUUCUUUUUUUAAUAUAAAAACAUUAUUACUUAUUUAUUAUUCUUUUUUAUUCAUUUUCCCCUUGAGUUUUUACAAUUAGAAUCCCGAGCUGUUCUAAACUUGGUGUGUUCAUGCUGUAGUCGAGAUGGUUUCUUUUUAUCCGAUCUGAAAACAUCGUUGCUCUUUCGACUGCUCUUCUACACUUACAAUACAGCAGUUUGAAAUCCUUUACGUCUCAUAACACAUUGAACCAAAGAUGAAGGACCGACUGGAACAGCUAAAAGCGAAGUCAGACCAAACUCCUGAUGAUGUGGAAAUUACAGUGGAAAAAAAAGAGUUUAUGGAUGAGUUCUUUGCUCAGAUUGAAGAAAUCCGCACCAGUAUAGACAAGAUUGAUGAAAAUAUAGGCGAGAUAAAGCGACUGUAUUCUGUCAUCCUCUCUGCUCCUACAUCAGACCAGAAGACACAGGAUGAAUUGGAGGCAAUUACUAAUGAGAUAAAGAAACUGGCCAACAAUGCUCGCAACAAACUCAAAAGCAUUGAGCAGAUUUUGGCAUCUAACACCGAGGAGAGGAUUUCAGCAGAUAUGCGGAUAAAGAAAUCCCAGCAAGCCAUUCUUGCUAAGAAGUUUGUAGAGGUGAUGACCAAAUACAAUGAAGCCCAAGUGGAGUUUAGAGAAAAGAGCAAAGGGCGCAUCCAAAGACAGCUGGAGAUCACUGGCAAAGCCACUACUGAUGAAGAACUGGAGGAAAUGCUGGAUGGAGGAAACGCUGCAGUAUUCACAGCAGGAAUUAUGGACUCUGGGAUAUCAAAACAGGCACUAAGUGAGAUUGAGGCACGACACAAAGAUAUUAUGCGACUGGAGAGCAGCAUAAAAGAGUUGCAUGACAUGUUUGUGGACAUUGCAAUGCUGGUGGAGAAUCAGGGAAGCAUAAUUGAAAGGAUUGAGAGCAACAUGGACCAGUCGGUGGGUUUUGUAGAAAGAGCUGUGGCUGACACCAAAAAGGCUGCCAAGUUCCAACAAGAAGCACGCAGGAAGAAAAUGAUGAUCAUGGUGUGUUGCACAAUUCUUGCGGUCAUCUGUGGUUCUCUGCUGUACAGCUGGCUGACAUAAACAUCAAGGUGAAGAAGUUGUCUACUUAUCCAAGUCAUGUUUUGAUCAAGAAUCAAGGGACACAUCUUAGUGCCGACAAACCCAAAACAUCCCUACACAAAUACAACAUGUUUUCCAGUGCUUGUUCAUCUAAAUUUCCCCCUUUCUUUUUUCUUUUUCUUUUUGUUUAUUUAUUUUAUUAUUAUAAUUUUUUUGUCUUUUAUGUUCUUCCUGUCCUAUCAGUUGACUGUGCACUGUUAGAGGCAUCAAAUGUGACAUGCAAUCUAUAUUUUAAUUUUAAGCCUGUGGUAUGAAAUAUUGCUUUUAUUUAAUUAAUUGUUUUCUGGGAACUUAUGAUAAACUAUACAUGCCAGCUGAAAAAAACAGACAAAAAACAGCUGAAAUCAGCCUAAGCCGUUCUUCCAGCCUGGUUCUUGCUGGUCAGGCUUGGAGACCAGCUAAAACCAGCUAAGACCAGCCAACCAGCUUAGUUGUAGCGUUUUAUUUUUAGCAGGGAUAAAUUGUGUUUUUUGAGGCCUCAUUUUUUGGAACUGACAAGGGGAAAACUAUACACUACCACUUACAAAUAUUUGUCCUUGUUGAAAAAAAUACCCACAUUAAUUCUUAAAUAUUCAUAUAAUGUUUUAUUUUAGCAUAAGUCCAAAUUGUUUUACGUUUUUCAUUGAGGGUAAUAUAUUUACUUACCAUUUGCUUAUUAAGUGUAGAUGAGUAGCACUUAGUUGAUUUAUUUCGUAUGUUUAGCUGGUAUUUUCUUUUAUGUACGUGAUAAUAGUACUGCAUUUUUGAGACACUUUAAGUUUAACUCUGCAGUAGUCUGGUUUGAAAUGUUUAGAUUAAUUGUGAUUAAAAGACCGGAGCUGAAUAA